GAUGUUUCUAGUGUGACGUGUCAUCUAGUGGACGGAACGCUUCUUCAACAACUGCAGCCACCUCGGUAGCUCGCUAGCCAACAAAGUCGGAACAUUCAAGUUCUUUAGACAAUUUCGUGGUUUAUUUGCCACUGUGAUUUAAACAUACUUAUGUGUAAACAACUAGCUACCCCAUUUAAUUUAAUAUUUACGUUGUAAGUCAGCUAGCUGGCUGGUUAAGUUAGCACUCGUCUAGUCGCUAAUGCUAACAAGCGGUUAUUCCCGACCAUGAGUUCACGAAACUACUCUCCUCCUGAUAAAGAAGAGGUCUGCUGGACGGAGAAAGAAGCUCUUGUGAAAGAAGAGAAGGAAGAGAAGGAUGUUACAAUACAAAAACAAGUAGAGGGUGAGGCUGUUACCGUGAAAGAAGAAGAUGAAGACGCGUGUUUUGGAAUGAAGGAUGAAGAGGGGGAGAUUACUGUCACACUAGAGGAGGACGAAGAAGAGAAGACUGGAGAACUGAUUAACACCAGAAAAUACAGAGAGAGACGGGACAAUCGUGGAUCCUCUGGGGAGCCUCAACAACAUCAUGAUGCUGACGAGGCAGAGAAAAGUCUCUCCAGAUCAGAACUCCUCAAGAAACACCAGCGAGUACACACAGGAGAGAAAUCCUUCUGCUGCUCUGACUGUGGGAAAAUAUUAAACUCUUCAGUAGACCUUAAGAUACAUCAAAUAAUUCACACUGGAGAGAAACUUUCUAGGUGUGAUCAAUGUGGGAAGAGUUUCGGCACAUCUGGCUGUCUGACAAAACACCAGAGAACACACACAGGAGAGAAGUCUUAUAGCUGUGAUCAAUGUGGGAAGAGUUUUACGACAUCUAGCUAUCUAACUAUACACCAGAGAACACACACAGGAGAGAAAUUGUAUAGCUGUAGUCAGUGUGGGAAGAGUUUUACUCAUUCAACCAGCCUGAUAUCACACCAGAGAACACACACAGGAGAGAAACCUUAUAGCUGUCGUCAAUGUGGGAAGAGUUUUGGUACAUCUGGCUGUCUAGCAACACACCAGAGAACACACACAGGAGAGAAACCUUAUAGCUGUCGUCAAUGUGGGAAGAGUUUUGGUACAUCUGGCUGUCUAGCAACACACCAGAGAACACACACAGGAGAGAAACCUUAUAGCUGUACUCAAUGUGGGAAGAGUUUUACUCAUUCAACCAGCCUGAUAUCACACCAGAGAACACACACAGGAGAGAAACCUUAUAGCUGUGGUCAAUGUGGGAAGAGUUUCACUCAGUCAACCAGUCUGACAUCACACCAGAGAACACACACAGGAGAGAAACCCUGUAGCUGUGCUGAAUGUGGGAAGAGUUUUACUCAGCUAAGCAGCCUGAUAUCACACCAGAGAACACACACAGGAGAGAAACCGUAUAGCUGUAAUCAAUGUGGGAAGAGUUUUGCUUCAUCUGGCAUUCUGACUGUACACCAGAGAAUACACACAGGCGAGAAACCUUAUUGCUGUGAUCAAUGUGGGAGGAGUUUUACUCAGCUAAGCAGCCUGGUAUCUCACCAGAGAACACACACAGGAGAGAAACCUCACAGCUGUAAUCAAUGUGGGAAGAGAUACUCUGAUAAAAGAUCUCUGACUAAACAUCAGAAAAUACAUGUAGUUGUUUCAUGAUAUCAAUGAAAUAAUGUAGAAUGUUUUUAAUAUUGUGGAAGUAUUUUAGUCACAAUAAAGAAUGUUUUAACAUUG